GACUGCGGACACAGUACAGGAGAUGAUCAGAGACUGCGGACACAGUACAGGAGAUUACCAGAGACUGCGGACACAGUACAGGAGGUGACCAGAGACUGCGGACACAGUACAGGAGGUGACCAGAGACUGCGGACACAGUACAGGAGGUGACCAGAGACUGCGGACACAGUACAGGAGAUGACCAGAGACUGCAGACACAGUACAGGAGAUGAUCAGAGACUGCGGACACAGUACAGGAGAUUACCAGAGACUGCGGACAUAGUACAGGAGAUGACCAGAGACUGCGGACACAGUACAGGAGAUGAUCAGAGACUGUGGACACAGUACAGGAGAUUACCAGAGACUGCGGACAUAGUACAGGAGAUGACCAGA